GUGGUCUUGGACAUGCACGACGACCCCAGCAGAAAUAGGGUUUUCGUCACGGAAGAUCACAGUCUGGUCAUCCGCCAGGUGCAACCGCAGGAUGGCGCGUACUACUUCUGUUACGACGUCGGAAGUAAGAAGGCGGAGGAGAAGAUGGACAUUUUACUCGAUAUUGAACGUCGUACAACCUUGGAGCCGCGAGUAUUGAGAUUGCCUGUAAAUAUCAACAGAGAAGUUUCUAAAUGGUUGAAAUCUUGUGAAAAAAUAAUAAGUCCAGUUGUAAAAGCGGAGACGAAGCGAGGAAAAGAAGGCGCUCGUCUAACUCUCUUCUGCCCAGGAUCCCACCACCAAUUUCGGUAUACUGACGCUUACCCUGCUGUUCAGCUUCAUCCUGUGGGUGAUUCUCAUGACAGUGAAGUGGAAGAACUUCAUGAUGCAGCGGAAGGUGCAGCAGAUGAGGAACGAGGACGUCUCGCAGUCGGAAAGCCUACUGAGUUCUGCAAACAGUGAGGCAUAGUCACACAGCGGAUGUGCAAGAAAUUUAACUUAUGAGUUGUUAUACUCAUUUGUAAAAUUCUGCUGAAAAAAUUGGA